CCCCUUCCGUAGAGCUUACUCCUAUACUCCCUCGUCUACAAUACCAAACCAGUCUUACAUCCCUUCGCAAUAUGCCUACUCGUAUGUCCUUAUUAGGUAGCAAGUUUCAAGUCGAUCAUGUUGGCUAAUAGCUUAUGUACUUAGGCACUGAGACUUCCCUUUUGAAUGAGGAAUACCCUCGGAGAGCUGAUUUACGGAAAGAGCUUCGCCGACCCCUUCCAUUUAUCCCCCCUGGGACUGUGGAUCCAGCAGUGCUAAGUGGCGAGGAAAUCAACAGGCAGGCACUCGCUGUUGUUGAGGCGUUCGACAAUGCCUUGAGUACGAAUGAUACAAAAGGGUUAGCAUCAUGCUUCCUCGAUGGCCAGCCGUAUUGGCGAGACAUCUUAGCGUUGACAUCUCAUCUGCGCACCUUCACCAAACCUGGUGUCAUUGUGCCGGCGUUAUUGGAAACCAAGAAUCUCAGAGGGGUAAAGGGUGGAUUGAAGUUUGAGAGAGCCGACUUCGUCCCGGCUACUCCGGUCCUUCAAUUCAUUGAUUGUAGGGUUACCUUCAAAACCACCGCCCCCGCGGCAACCUGCAGCGGGAGGCUGAUUCUCCUACCUAUCAAAGUCGAGGGGCGGCCCGACAAGGAGAUUCUUUCGUGGAAAAUAUGGAUCCUAUCUACCUGGAUCGACAACUUGGACGUACAAGCGGAAGACGAAAACCUACUCCGAUCCCCAGGUAGGAAUCUGGAUGACCUCACAACUAUUGAGACCGAUGUCCUUAUUGUCGGAGGAGGCAAUUCCGGCACUAGCAUUGCAGCGCGACUAAAAGCCUUGGGCGUUGAGAGUGUGAUUCUUGACAGAAAUCCUCGUGUUGGUGACAAUUGGGCUUUCCGUUAUGACUGCGUACGGUUUCACCUACCUGCGGCGGCUUGUGCCAUGCCGUAUCUCCCCUUCAAGAAAGAGUGGCAGACGCCCCAUCUACUGAAGAGGGAUGAAUUGGCAGAUCACUUAAUACGGUACGCAGCAGAGUUUGACCUCAAUUACAUCAACUCUAUGAAAAUACAGACAACUACAUACGACCAAGUUAAAAAACGAUGGACCAUUCAAUUCGAAACCCCCAAUGGCGUUGUGAAAGCCAUUGGCAAACAACUUGUUCAGUCCACAGGUUUUAGCGCCUCAAAACCGUACCGACCGCCAAUGCUGGACGUUCAGCGGUAUAGGGGUAUCAACAUACACUCAGCAGAAUUCAAAAACGCCCAACUAUUGAAAAACCACGGCGCGAAGUCCGUCGUGGUAAUCGGCUCCGCGAAUACCGCUUUUGACGUAAUAGAGGAUUGCAAUCGCACCGGGCUUAAGACAACUAUAGUUGCGAGAUCGCCGACCUAUAUCCUCCCAGUCGACUAUGUUCGUAAUGCCCAAGCUAUGGGCCUCUACGACCAUGUGCCAAUUGAAAAUGCCGACAAACACUUCCUCACCCUACCGAAUGCAGUUGAAAGCCAGAUAACUCACGGUCUCCUAGCUCGAUUGGCAUCAGAAGAACCUAAUCGCUACGAAUCUGUUGCCGCCACGGGCUUUCCCGUUCUCGUUAGCAGCCACCCAGACGCAUCAUUACAGCACCACCUUCUCGAACGUGGAGGUGGACAUUACGUAGAUGUGGGUGGGGCCGUCGAACUCCUAACCGAAGGUAAAGUUGGCGUAAAAGGGGGCGUGUCUCCAGUCGCUUACACGGCUACCGGGCUACGCUUCUCAGACGGCACCACAAUAGAUACCGACGCCGUGAUUUGGUGCACUGGGUUUGCAGACAAAGAUGCCCGAAGCACCGCAGCCGACAUAUUUGGCGGCAGUGACGGCCAGAAGAGUGUCAAAUUAGCAAAUGGCAAUGCCAAGGACGUGUUAGGUCCACUCGAUAUAGCAGAUCGUCUGGACACGACCUUCGCUCUUGAUGCUGAGGGCGAAGUCCGAGGCUUUUGGAAACGCCACCUACGCAUGGAAAACUACUGGGCUAUGGGGGGCCACAUGCAGCUUCAGCGAUGGUGGUCCGGAGUCCUCGCACAACAGAUCAAGAUGGCUGUCGAGGGAAUAUUGCCUCCACCGUAUCUGGAUACACCAGAGUCGGUGAAACAACUUUGACACGGCCCGUAACCUGUUUCAUACCUGACUUGUUGGGUACGGAACGCCAUCUUCUUUGUAGCGGCUGUUACUGUUCUUGGCACUUUGGUCUCCAUUAUAUAUUCAACACUCGUUAUAUUUUAUAUACCAAUCAUAUAGUCGAAUUUACGCAAACACACCCCUCAA